AUGGUUUCUCUAAGAUUUCUUUUAUGUUUUCUUUUCGUAAGUAGUGCUUAUGCCACAAUCGUUUCUCAUGAUGGUCGAGCCAUUACCAUUGAUGGUCACCGCAGAGUUCUCCUUUCCGGUUCGAUCCAUUAUCCUAGAAGCACUCCUGAGAUGUGGCCAGAUCUUAUCAAAAAAGGUAAAGAAGGAGGUCUUGAUGCGAUCGAAACAUAUGUCUUCUGGAAUGCGCAUGAGCCUACUCGCCGUCAAUAUGAUUUUUCUGGAAAAUUAGAUCUUAUUCGAUUCCUGAAAACCAUUCAAGAUGAAGGAUUGUAUGGUGUUCUUCGAAUAGGACCAUAUGCAUGUGCCGAGUGGAAUUACGGAGGAUUCCCAGUGUGGCUGCACAACAUGCCUGGAAUGGUGUUCAGAACUACAAAUAAAUCAUUUAUGGAUGAGAUGCAAAACUUCACAACUAUGAUAGUAGACAUGGUCAAGAAAGAAAAAUUAUUUGCAUCACAAGGAGGCCCAAUUAUUCUUGCUCAGAUAGAAAAUGAGUAUGGAAAUGUAAUGGGACCCUAUGGAGAAUCGGGUAAAGCAUACAUUAAGUGGUGUGCAAACAUGGCUCAGUCUCUUGAUGUUGGUGUUCCAUGGAUAAUGUGUCAACAAAAUGAUGCUCCUCAGCCUAUGUUGAAUACAUGUAAUGGAUUUUAUUGUGACAAUUUUGUACCAAACAAUCCCAACACCCCUAAGAUGUGGACUGAAAAUUGGACCGGAUGGUUUAAACAAUGGGGUGGUAAAAAUCCUCAUAGAACAACCGAAGAUGUUGCAUUUUCUGUUGCAAGAUUCUUCCAAAGAGGAGGAACUUUUAAUAAUUAUUAUAUGUACCAUGGAGGCACCAACUUUGACAGAACCGCAGGUGGUCCAUACAUCACAACUUCAUAUGAUUAUGAUUCUCCCCUUGACGAAUAUGGUAAUUUGAAUCAACCAAAAUACGGACAUUUAAAACAACUUCAUGAUGUUCUUCACUCUAUGGAGAGAACUCUCACAUACGGAAACAUCUCCACCAUUGACUUUGGAAACUCUGCAUCGGCAACAAUUUAUAAAACCGAAGAAGGAUCAAGCUGCUUUUUUGGAAAUGGAAAUGAAAAGUCAGAUGCUACAAUUAGUUUCCAAGGAGAAUCUUACGUUGUCCCGGCUUGGUCUGUUACCAUUUUACCGGAUUGCAAAAAUGAGGCUUAUAACACCGCAAAGAUUACCACUCAGACUUCAAUGAUGGUUAAGAAACCAAAUGAAGCUGAGGAUACCCCUUCAACUCUGAAAUGGUCAUGGAGACCAGAGAACGUGGACAACUUCAUUUUGAAAGGAAAAGGAGAUUCUACACAGACACAACUAUUUGAUCAGAAAGUAGUAACCAAUGACCAAAGUGAUUAUCUAUGGUACAUGACUACUGUUAAGUUUAAAAAACGAGAUCUAUUUUUGGGUAAAAGCAUGUCUCUUCGCGUCAACAGUACUGCUCAUGCCCUUCACGCUUUUGUCAAUGGAAAACAUAUUGGUAAUCAACACGCUGAGAAUGGAAAAUUUAACUAUGUAUUUGAGAAAGAUGUGAAGUUUAAGUCUGGUCGUAAUGUCAUUGCUCUUCUUAGCAUAACUGUGGGACUUGCCAACUAUGGUGCUUUUUUUGAAAGUAAGCCAGCUGGAAUCACUGGACCCAUUUUUAUUACUGGAAGAAAUGGUGAUGAAACUAUAGUUAAGGACUUGUCUGCUCAUAAAUGGAGCUAUAAAACCGGUUUAAAUGGGUUUGAGAACCAAUUCUUUAGAACGGAAUCAAUGUCUAAAUGGUCAGUUGAAAGUGUACCGUUUAACCGAAGCAUGACUUGGUAUAAGGCUACAUUCAAGGCUCCCUUGGGAAAUGAUCCUGUUGUUGUCGAUCUUAUGGGACUUGGAAAAGGUACAGCUUGGGUUAAUGGAAACAACAUUGGACGUUUUUGGCCGGCAUUCAUUUCAAGCGAAAAUGGUUGUGAUGCAAAAUGUAAUUAUAGAGGAGCUUAUCAUGCUGAAAAAUGUCUAACCAAUUGUGGAGAACCCACACAAAGAUGGUACCAUGUUCCUCGUUCUUUCUUAAAUGGAGAAGGAGAUAACACACUAGUUUUGUUUGAGGAGAUGGGAGGAAAUCCAUCGCUUGUCAGUUUCCAAACUACUAGAGUGGGAAGUGUAUGUGCUAACGUCUAUGAGAAUAAAAUUAUUGAGCUUUCAUGCGAUAGAAAACCCAUUUCUGCCGUCAAAUUUGCAUCAUUUGGUAACCCAUAUGGCAAUUGUGGAUCUUUUGAAAAAGGAACUUGUGAAUCAAGUAACAACACAGUUGAUAUUCUCACACAAGAAUGUGUUGGAAAAGAGAAGUGUUCCAUUGAUGUCUCUACGAAAAAGUUUGGAGAACCAGAUUGCAGUGGUGCUGCUAGAAAGCUCGCUGUCGAAGUUAUCUGCUAA